AUGGCAACUUGUGACUCUCCUGCUUCACCAACUCGACGCUAUGCCAAGAGAAUGACUAGGCUGGUUGAAAGUCAGAAUGCUGAACUCAGCAUCCUUCGGAAGGAGGUAAAAGAGUACAAAGAGAUACUUGAGACACGAAAGAAAAGAACUACGGGCAAGAGAAUUAAGUUGCAAGGCGAAUUUGUAUUCAGUACCGAGGAAGUGUUGAAAAUUGUCUGGGAGGCAGAGUUGAAGUCAACCGAGAAAAGACCACGUGGAAGGCCACGCAAACGGCCAAUUGAAGAAGUAGACGAGGAACUUGAAGAGGAAGAGUGGCACAUGAACGCAUUCGCAGGGCCACGACCUCCAUUUACGCCCUCCGAUGACUGCGCCUUCUAUGCCACUGAGCUCUUUGCGCAAUGA